AUUGAAAGUUUGUUCCCGCGUUUUCCUGCCACCGGAAGUUAAUGUAAUACAUGCGCAUCAGCGUGACGUUGUGUUCCCGGCAUAUCUGAGGUUAUUGUGAAUACAUUUUAUUGAGGCCACUAUGUCAUCAACCCGUCCAAAAGCCAAAAAGGAUGAAGAAAUUGUUGAGGAGGCAGGUACUGUUGAGGAGGAGGAAGAAGAGGAGGAGGAAUACACUGUAGAAAAGGUUGUCGACUCUCGGAUGAAGGGAGGCCGUAAAGAGUACCUCUUAAAAUGGAAGGGCUAUCCAGAUUCAGAAAAUACUUGGGAGCCUGAAGCAAAUUUAGAUUGUCCUGACCUAAUAGCCGAGUUUGAGGACAAAAAGAAAAAGAAAGAACAAGAGAAGAAAAGAAAAACACAAAAUGGAACAGAAGAUGGUGCAGCUAAAAAGAAGAAGAAAGUCUCAGAAGUCAAAACAACAGAAGAAGAUAACAAACCUAGAGGUUUUGACAGAGGGCUAUUACCUGAAAGGAUUAUUGGUGCCACAGACAGUUCAGGAGAACUCAUGUUUUUAAUGAAAUGGAAAGACAGCGAUGAAGCAGACUUGGUUCCAGCCAGACAAGCCAACGUGAAGUGUCCACAAAUAGUGAUAGCAUUUUACGAGGAACGACUCACAUGGCACACCCAUAAUGACAAUGAGGAAGAUGAAAGCAAGGAGGACUUAUAAAACAA